AUGAAGGGUGAUUAUCACCGCUACUUGGCGGAGUUUAAGACUGGAGCCGAGCGAAAAGAAGCCGUCGAAAAUACUCUCUCAGCUUACAAGUCGGCUCAGGACAUUGCAAGUGCUGAGCUUGGCCCAACACAUCCAAUCCGGCUUGGGCUAGCACUAAAUUUCUCAGUCUUUUACUAUGAAAUUUUGAAUUCUCCAGACUGUGAAGCGCAAAAGGCCCGUGAAGCACCACCGAACAACCAGACAAACUCUAGAAAUCGCGACUUCUUCAUCGCCAAGAAGGGAAUUGAUGAAUCAACUAAGACCUCAUGGGUACCUGACCCAGUGACCGGAUAUUAUCGACUAGAGAAUGAAGCCAAGGAGAUUGAUGCCGCUGAGUUGCGGGUGCAAAUCUUGAAGAACACAACAGUAGCCACUAAAUCGAAGAUAAGCUGGAUAUUCUACAAAAAAUCAGCAGUAAUAACAUGUUCGUCGCCUAAAGGAUUAUAA